AUGGAAUCUUUCGAUCUUGUCCAACCACCCCCACCAUAUACUAACGAGCCAUUUCCACCAUCUCCUAACGAGAAGUUCAGACACUACUACUUUUUCAAAAAGAAGGAUGGCUCGAUGCCUGCUCUUGUUGCCUUUAUCAACAAGCAUAGAGGCGACUACAAAGUUGAGCUUUGCGACAAGGAAACACAGCUUCACAUCGCGUUACCCGAACGCGAUUACAUGUCGUUGACAUAUACAAACCUACAUGAAAUACGCCGAACUUUGGACGCUGCGAUGAAGAAGGAGAACCUUUUCUACUAUUGGGAAAUGGAUGAGAAAAGCGAAUUGGCACAGAAGGAGUCCAUAACAGAGAAAUAUAAUGGAAAGUACCAAAGGAGGCUGGAGUGGGACAGGGAGUUCAGAGAAAUGGAGGCGGUCAAGACAAAGUCUACAAAAGCCCUCGAGCGUCAGCAAUUUGUGCGGAAGUUCUUUUCGAAAUGA